AUGACUGAGGUUAAAAUUGAUCAGGCAACCUUCAGAAGGAGGUUGCAUCUUUUGCAGAAGAAUAUUUCGACUUCAGAGUACUUCCGGUCUGUCAAUGGUCUUUUGAUAAUGGUUGGAUCGAGUGAUGAUUACAAUCCAUAUCAGAAAUCCACCAUCCUACAUACCUGGCUUUUGGGAUAUGAGUUCCCUGCAACUGGUAUUUAUAUAACUGCCAAGAAGGUUAUUGUGGUUACAUCUGUUGGUAAGGCGAGGUAUCUGAACCCGUUGAAGUCAAGUCCAAACGGCAGUUAUACCAUGAAGAUAUUGGGAAGAAAUAAAGAUCCUGAGCACAACAAGAAGUUAUUCCAUGAAUUUCUCGAGCAAAUACAGGAGAACGGCAAGAAAGUUGGAAUCUUGCCUCGUGAUAACUACAAGGGCAAGUUUAUGGACGAGUGGCAACCCAUUUGGGAUGAGGCUAAAGCACAGUUUGACUUGGUGGAUGCCUCAAUUGGCGUUUCCAAGACUUUGGAACUGAAGGAUGAGGAAGAGCAGCGUAGUUUGCGUAUCGCCUCACGUGCCUCUACCAACAUGAUGACUUACUUCACAGAUGAAAUGAGUAAGAUAGUAGAUGAGGAUCUUAAUGUCACCAACUCCCAGUUGGUGGAUCGUGUCGAGAAUAAGAUUGAUGACACGAAAUUUUUCCAAAGGAUGGAAACAGACAGGGCAAUGAAGCGUCUUGGUGCAAACUUUGACCUCAACAACUUGGAUUGGUGCUACAAGCCCAUUGUACAGAGUAACGGCAAGUAUCAGUUGAAGUUUUCUGUGGAAUCGAACAACGAUAAGUUGGGAGGUCACGUUAUUAUGUCCUCACUGGGUAUGCGGUACAAGAGUUACUGUUCCAACGUCACACGUUCGUUUUUGAUUGCACCUUCUAAGGACAUGGAAAAGAACUACGAGUUCUUGCUACGGUUGCAAAGCAGAACGUUUGGAAUGAUGCGUGAUGGUGCUAUUGCCAGUGAGAUCUACAAACGGAUCACCGAUUACAUUAAGAAGGAGAGACCGGACCUUGAUGAUCAUUUUGUCAAGAACAUGGGUUCGCUAAUCGGUAUUGACUUCAGAGAUUCAAACGGUGUGAUCAGUCCAAAGAAUGGCCGCCGUAUUAACGAAGGCUCGGUUGUGAAUCUUGUCUUAGGAUUGCACGAUCUCCACGAUGACAAGUAUGGCGAUUACGGUUUGAUGAUUGCAGACACCAUUCGUGUCACUGGUGAGGAGCCAAUCAUUUUGACGGACUCUCCUCGCUUGAGAAAGGAUGUCUCGUUUUAUUUCGAGACUGAUGGUGAGGAAGAAUCAGGUGCGAAACCCGUGAAGCAAGAGAAUGGUGUCAGGGUGAAGGGUGAGGCUAAGCGUCGGAAUGAUGGCAAAUACAGCAGCAUGGCAAGCAGUCGUGUUAUGAGAGCAAAAAUGAGGGCUGAGCAGAAAAGUUCGGAGGAGGAGCAACUACAAAUCCAGAAAGAAAUACAGAAGGAGCUACAUGAAAGAAGACAGAAGGAAGGUCUGGAGAGAUUCAAACCGGAGGAUGCAAACGCCGGACCUGAGGAUAAAGUUGUGUUCAAGAAGUACGAGUCGUAUGUUCGGGAAACCCAGAUUCCGAAUAACGUGCGAGACUUGAAGAUUCACAUCGAUUCCAAGAACCAAACUAUCAUUCUUCCCAUAAGUGGACGGCCAGUUCCUUUCCACAUUAAUGCGUACAAGAAUGGAUCGAAGAGCGAGGAGGGAGAAUACACCCUGUUGAGACUUAACUUCAACUUUCCAGGUUUAUCGUCCUCUCGCCGUACGGAGCUACCUUACGAGCCAGGUGACGAUAAACAGUUCAUCAGAAGUCUGACAUUCAGAUCCAAGGAUGGUGCAAGGAUGACAGAGGUUCUGAAGAGGAUUGCGGAAAUGAAGAAAGAAGCUGUGAAAAGAGACACAGAAAAAAAGGAGAUGGCUGAUGUUGUCACACAGGCAUCUUUGAUCGAGAUCGGACGUCCAAGAAGAUUGGAUAACGUGUAUAUCCGGCCUACACCUGAUUCCAAAAGAUCUGCCGGUUAUGUUUCGAUCCACCAGAAUGGUAUUAGGUACCAGUCGUUUGGAAGAGGAGACCAGAGGGUGGAUGUUCUUUUCUCGAACAUUAAGCACCUCUUUUUCCAGUCGUGCAAGGGUGAGUUGCUUGUGAUCAUCCACUGCAACUUGAAGACUCCUCUCAUGAUUGGUAAAAAGAAGACGUACAAUGUGCAGUUUUAUCGGGAGGCCACGGAUGCUUCGAUUGACGAGACUGGCGGACGGAGAAGAAAAUACAGAUACGGAGAUGAGGAUGAGUUGGAGCAGGAGCAGGAAGAGCGUAGAAGACGUGCAGCUCUUGACAGAGAGUUUAAAAAGUUUGCAGAGCACAUUGCAGAUGCCUCACAUGGUGUGGUUGAUCUUGAUGUUCCCUUCCGGGAGCUUGGAUUCCAAGGUGUUCCAUCGAGAUCUGCCGUUUUGUGUAUUCCGACAAGAGAUUGCCUCGUGCAAUUGGUUGAUCUUCCGUUCUUGGUUAUCACCCUAGAGGAGGUGGAAAUUGCACACCUUGAGAGAGUCCAGUUUGGCCUCAAGAACUUCGAUCUGGUGUUUGUGUUCAAGGAUCUCAACAAGUCCGUGGUUCAUGUUUCCACCAUUCCUAUGGAGUCUCUUGAAGAUGUCAAGGCAUGGCUUACAGACGUUGAUAUUCCAUUCAGCGAGGGUGCUGUUAACUUGAACUGGCCAACCAUCAUGAAGACUAUUCAGGCAGACCCUUACCAAUUCUUUGUCGACGGAGGUUGGUCCUUCCUUGCCAGUGAUAGCGACUCUGAAAGUGAGGAUAACGAGAGUGAUGCUGCUUCGGACUUUACUCCUACGGAUACAGAGCCGGAAGAUGACGAUGAUGAGGAAUUUGAUGAUGAUCAGCAAGAUGACCCUGAUCUGUCCGAUGCCGCUGAAGAUGAUGAUGAUGACUUUGACGAGGACACUGAGGAUUCCAACGAUAUCUAUGAUGAUUGA